GGGCCGGGGACUGGCGGCGUACCGGCGCCCCCUCCCUAGUAUGCGGACGAAGGCGGCAGGCGGCGCGGAGCGGCGUACCCUGCAGCCGCGAACCGAGGCGGCGGCGGCGGCGGCGGCACCUGCCGGCCGAGGGGCAGGAUUGAGGGACCCUCUGCAGGAUAACUAGCAGCUCCUGAAACUGCCCUUUGCAUCCAUCCGGAAGGCGUGAUGUGUGGUGUCUGCAGGUAGAAAUUCGCCAGUGACCUUCCCUGCCCAAUCUCUGCGGCCAGCCCUGUGGAAGAGACACGUUUUGGUGACCCUUUGAUUUCCUCUGAAUUCAAUGACAAGUGAGUACAGCUGUGGGAAACUGAGAAGCGAUUGCUCGAGACCCUCCCUGAAAUGGUACAGCCGAGCUCAGAGCAAGAUGAGAAGACCUAACUUGUUGUUAAAAGACAUCCUCAAGUUUAUAUUGCUUGUGUUUGGAGUAUGGAUCCUUUAUAUCCUCAAGUUAAAUUAUACUACCGAAGAAUGUGACAUGAAAAAAAUGCAUUAUGUGGACCCUGACCGUGUAAAGAGAGCUCAGAAAUAUGCCCAGGAAGUCUUGCAAAAAGAGUGCCGACCCCAGUUUGCGAAGACGUCGAUGGCACAGUUGUUUGAGCACAGGUAUAGCUCAGACUUACUGCCUUUCGUGAAGGAGGCCCCCAAAGAGGACGAAGCUGAGUACAAGUACAGUCCUCCUUUUGGAUUUCGGAAGUUCUCCAGUCAAGUCCAGACCCUCUUGGACAUGUUGCCUGAGCAUGACUUCCCUGAACACUUGAAAGCCAAGAGUUGUAGGCGUUGUGUGGUUAUCGGAAGCGGUGGAAUACUCCAUGGACUGGAACUGGGCCAUGCCCUGAACCAGUUCGAUGUUGUGAUAAGGUUAAACAGUGCACCAGUUGAGGGAUAUUCAGAGCACGUUGGUAAUAAAACUACUAUAAGGAUGACUUAUCCAGAGGGCGCACCACUGUCUGACCUUGAAUAUUAUUCCAGUGACUUGUUUGUUGCUGUUUUGUUUAAGAGUGUUGACUUCAACUGGCUUCAAGCAAUGGUAAAAAAUGAAACCCUGCCAUUCUGGGUGCGACUUUUCUUUUGGAAGCGGGUGGCAGAAAAAAUUCCACUGCAGCCAAAACACAUCAGGAUUCUGAAUCCAGUUAUUAUCAAAGAGACUGCCUUUGACAUCCUUCAGUACUCAGAGCCUCAGUCAAGGUUCUGGGGCCAAGACAAGAACAUCCCCACCAUGGGUGUCAUUGCUGUUGUCUUAGCCACACAUCUGUGCGAUGAGGUCAGUUUAGCAGGCUUUGGCUAUGACCUCAGUCAGCCCAAAACACCUUUGCACUACUUCGACAAUCUCUGCAUGGCUGCCAUGAACUUCCAGACCAUGCAUAAUGUGACUACAGAAACGAGGUUCCUCCUCCAGCUUGUCAAAGAGGGCGUGGUGAAGGAUCUCAGUGGAGGCAUCCAUUGUGAAUUUUGAACACAGAAAACAUCACUUGAAAAUGCACCCCCAACUCUGAGGGCUGUUUUUCAUAGCCUUCUUCAUGCAUUUCAUCCUGCAAAUACUUUGAAGUGCAGCUGGUGUUUUUAACGUUUAAUUUAAAAAACAAAAGACAGUUUAAUUCUUCCCACUUUUCUCCCCCUAUUUAUUUGUGGUCAGUGUUUUGCACAAAACUUUGUAAGUUAAUUCUGAGAAUUGAAUGGGAAAGAACUUUUCACAGAGAAUUGGAUGUACUGAUGUUUUAUUGUAUAUUAAGAAAGUUACUUAGUUUGUAAAAACUGUCCAUUUCUACUGCACACAGAAUACCAGGAAAUCAAGUGGAAGAAGGAUGUUACUCCUUUCAGGAGAGCCCUGAAUGUGUAAUUCUGGUUCUCUGUUACUCUGUUUGGUGGGACGAGUAUUGGAUGCACUUGGGGUUGACAGCUCAGGAGCUGAACCACUUCCUAGGCCAUCUGCCCAUGAGGCCUGGGCUGGUCGGAGAAGCUCACCGUCCCUCUCUGUUGGUCUGUAUUCUUUCAGAAGAUUUGCAGGACUCAGCCAGGGGAGCUGUCCCGGAGGUCCCUGGUUGGGGAGGGACACAGAAGUACUCUGUGUCUUCUGAGUACUGUGAAGCCUCCCUCAGCUACAGAACCCACUGUCUCCCCUGCGAUUAUGACAGCUCUUGAAUUUCUUGAGAGUUUUUUACUGCCCUUCCAAAGCACUUAAAUGUUGAGCUGAGGUGUUCCACUUUCUGUCCGAGGUGGCUUAUAAAAAGCAGGACAAAACCUCUGAUACCCAGAGUCGUAGAAGAACAAACCCUUUUUCUGUGUUUUCUGAAACAUGGAAAUGAAAUCCUUCCAGUGUUACAAAUUGCCUAUUUAAAAAGAAUUCUGUUUGAAUGCCUACCUGGCAGUGUGUACCAGCCAGUAUGCUGGUCAAAAAUAAAAAGAAUGAAAGCUUUUGAGGAACUGUAAGUUUAGUUAAUUUGAGUGCUUUUUUUUUUUAAAGGAAAGUCCAUAAAUCUACCUAAAAUGGCCUUCUUGGAUGCUGCUAGGUGGAGACCUCACUGUGGAUGCUGGUAGUGAGGGAUGGAGAAUGAAGGGGGCCUGCCCUACAGUGGGCUUCAUCCCAGACAGCUGUGAACUCUUCCUGAGAGAUGCUGCGUGUCUGUGCCUUCCUCACAGACAACAAGCGUGUUCUAGCUUCAGUCUCUUUAAUUGCCAUGGUCUUUGCUGUCAGAAGAUCCGCCACCAACUGCUCGCCCCGCCACCUCUACUCUCCCUGUGCCUUGCAGCUGCUGCCCCCGCUUCAAUUCUCAUUUCUUUUAACUGCAGCCCCAGUGCAGUUUGGACUCCCAACCUAUUCUGUGGUCUUGCAUAUGAAGGGCAAGGAGCCAGGUCACAGCAUUCAGAGCUCUGUGAAUCUCCAGGUCUCUGGCAUCAAGCUCAGAGUAGCUGGCAUAGCAAAGUACUAUUUCUCUGGCUUUAUGUCUUCAAACUUUCUAUGGAUUUUGCAUUCUACUUUAUAAGACAUUGUGUGAGAGAAAAUGCUUUAAAAUUCUCCCAGUUAAAUGACUUCGUUUUGAAAAUUGAGACUCAGGAAGAUGCUCUACAGCUAUCCUGUGACAGGUAAGGAAGGCUAGCCUCAUCCUGCAGGGACGACUUAAAGCUUGCAUUCUAUUUUAAAGCCAAGAUUCAAAAUGUCCUCAGAACUUGCCCAGUGUUGUGAGCGCCGCCUCAUGGGUUCAUGUGAACUCACGCCCCGUGCCCUGCAAGGCUGCUGGGAAGUGCAUAGCUCAGGGUUAGCUCCUGGCCAGCUUUCAGUGAAUGUCAGGCCUAGUCCCGUGUAUGUCCUUUCUUGCAUUCUUACAUUGCUCUUCCCAUGCCUCUCAACUUUUGAUUAAUAGCAGCUUGUAAGUGCUCUCAGUAAAUAAAAAUGUGAACUCUUCCAAAGACCUUCUGUGGAGCCCAGCAGCCUACCAGAGCCCAUGGGAGACCACCCUCAAGAACAGUUAGCUCUUUGGCAGCUGUUUGCUGGAAGUUGCCUCUUGGCUUCAGAGUUGCUCCUCCCUUAACCACCUCCCCGACACACACACAUGCACACUCGCUUUUCUGGGAACAGUCCUCCAUGGCUACAGGAUGUCCCAAGGCUGGUCUCGAAUAGCAGAGGCUUCACCCUCACUCCCCAAGCUCUGUAGGCACACGUACAUCCCUUUUAAAUGGUUGAAAUCAUUGCUUUUGAGACAACUCGGGACAACAUAUGCAUGUUCUGUACUUUAACCCGCUUCUUACUGGAACUUUGAGCCACAGAAAAUUUUAGUGAGUUCUAGGUGUUCUUUUUUCUCUCCUACAAAGAGCACGUUCUCUUCAGAAACUGGGACUGGGCUGAGUUUGUCCCAAUGACAUGUCUCAUGCUUUUUAGCAAAGCUAAACUGGAACCUUCUAGAUGAGUUCACAUAGCCGGGUACACUCCUUGCCUGCUCCACUUCCCUUCUGUGUCACACCAGUUGUUUCAGUUCCCAAGAAUGUACUAACGAGGCAUCAGCAAUGUCUGUCCCCACACAUUUGGGAGGUCUCAUCAUUUGUUGGACCCGUUAAUUAAAACUAACUUGUCAAGCCAACUCGGUGACUGGACAGCUUCUGUUGAACAAUGACCUCAUGGCCAUCAGUGCUCAGUCUGGUAUGUGUUGCCAACAGGAGCUUGGCUGGAAAAGAAUGCAGGGGUCACACCCAAGUCUCCCCAGUUAAUGAAAGUUAAAUUGCUAAGACUGCAAUUUCUUUGGGGGACAUUAAUUCCUCAUCGAUGAAAUUUGAGUGCAUAUGUUUAAUGAAUAGUACGGCUUCCCAGUUUACUUCAGUAUGAUAUUUUGAGAGUUGGCUAUGGGUAAAUUUGGAUAAACAACAUGUUUCGAGAACACAAAUGCAUGCUGUGUAAAAUGACCUUGGAAAGUGGGAAGGGAAAGUUUCGGAAGGUUGGGCCAGGCUGUCUUGACCUCCAGGGCCAGCACAGGGAGAGCUGGUUUUAGGUGCACCCAGGUGGAUGGGGCCUGCCUACCCCUGUGGCUUGUGCCUGUCUGGGAGCUCUUCAGAAACUGGGACUGGGAUGAGUUUGUCCCAAUGACAUGUCUCAUGCUUUUCGGCAAAGCUAAACUGGGACUUUAAUUAUUAAAGGUUAUUAAAUAUUUCUAAAACCACUGGCCAUUUUGUUUUAUCUGCAUUCUAACCCCAGCGCUUGAAUCAAAGGGAUUGUCGAAUUUGCCUUCUUCCUGUCCCAAGAGAACCUUAUAGGUCAGCGUUGUAGGAAGAUUAAGAAAUAGUGACUUAAUCUCCUCGGUAGGUUUACAGCUUCCGAGUGUGGGUUAUUUUUCAUCUUUUCUUCAGGACACUAAGGUUAGGUCCGUCAAGAACGAAGAAAAGGACUAGGUCCUGUGAUGAAGCAGAAUUCCCUUCAGGUGAAGUGGGCUAUUAGGAUGCGUGCCGCACAUGCUAUGCGACCCUGGGCCUCUCGUUCAUUUACGUGGUAACAAAAUGCUUCCCUCAAACAAAGGGCCCUGUGUUUGCUGCCUGUGGGACCAAUGCCUUCUUCCCAGGCACUGGCUGUCCACGAGGCAUGCCCAGCUGACCACACACAGCUCCCAGACAGGCAGAAGCCACAGGGGUAGGCAGGCCCCAUCCACCUGGGUGCACCUAAAACCAGCUCUCCCUGUGCUGGCCCUGGAGGUCAAGACAGCCUGGCCCAACCUUCCGAAACUUUUCCUUCCCACUUUCCAAGGUCAUUUUACACAGCAUGCAUUUGUGUUCUCGAAACAUGUUGUUUAUCCAAAUUUACCCAUAGCCAACUCUCAAAAUACCAUACUGAGGUAAGCUGGGAAGCCAUACUAUUCAUUAAACAUAUGCACUCAAAUUUCAUCGAUGAGGAAUUGAUGUUCCCCAAAGAAAUUGCAGUCUUAGCAAUUUAACUUUCGUUGUCAAAAUGAUUAGAUUUGACUAAUUCCCAGUAUUAAAUUUCAAUCCAUUUAGCAAAGAGAAGCAUCCAUAUUAGUGGUGCAGCCAGAGUAAAUAACACACAUGCUAUGAAAUUUAUAAAAAAAUUUUUCCAAGGAACUGUGUCAGUAAACAUGUAGGAAGCAGGACAAGUUUGCAAGUUUCCUUUUGUCCGGAAGAAGAGAUUCUGAGUUUUGCAUUACUGUCAGGCUGCCAUCCAAGAUGUGAAGAUGUAGUUCUUAUAGGCUUUGUGUAGCUGGAGAUGUUAACAAAGUGAGUUUUUGGAAAAUGGAAAUAUUAAACAUGAUGCAUGGAUACCUCAGAGCAGCAAUACUACUGACUGAUUUUAUACUAAAAGUUUGUAACUUCUGAAAGAGCAAUGUAUUUCCACUUUAUCUAGCUUAUGUUUUUUCACUUACUAAAGAAAAUUAGUUCCAAGAAAAACUGAUAUUAAAAACAGUGAGUUCAUUUAAAAUGUUGGUUAGGUGCUUGAUAGGAAAGACCAGUCUAAAUUACCCGACAGUAAUAUGAACAUGACGGAUGGCCGAGGACAGAGUUUGUGCAAAUGAAGGCCAGUUAAGGGCGAUUAGAACAGUAGUCAAACACAAAAGUAGUUUCCCAUCAACUGUUACCCAUAAUAUGUCAACAUAUCCUAUCAGGCUGGCUCCUUUGGAUUGGGAAAAAAUUGACAAUCAGCCCUAAAGCAGUAAGAACUGGAGAGUACUUCUGUAACUUAUAAACUCUCUAGUGACAGAAUUUUUUACUUUAUUCCAUCUUCAGCACCUAUAACAAAGCCUUGCAUAGUAGCAUUAAAUAAAUGUUUGGGUUUUAUUUGGUAUCUUAGAUGGAACUUAACGGUGAGCAGUUCAUGGUCUAAGAUUGAAUAUCAUGGUGAACUCUUGGUCUAGAAGCUGGGUGAAGGGUGUCUUUUAUGCUAAGAGGAAUGAAUACAGGUAACUAAAGAAAUAAGUGAGUAAGAUACUUUUUCUAUGUGUAAUUGCCUAGUGAUUUAAAUGAUAUUUUUAAAAGAAUAUGCCAAAAACUGAUCAGCAUGUUUAAUGGCUGUAUAGAUAACCACACAUUUUGGAAAACCAAGUUACUGCUGAAAUUUUCAAAAUAGGCGUGUACCUUAUCUCUUCAAAGACCUGCAUUGUUGUGAUUUAUAAUAAGAAUAUAUAUUUGAUCUUCAUCCCUGUUUCUGGCACAGAGCUCCCCAAACCCUUAGAAUUUCCUAUGUGUUGAGAAUGAUAAAGGUGUCUUUUGUCAGGUUAAUGAGGUGGCUCUUGAAAAGUACCUAAGGAUGGGGGCUGCUUGCCAUUGGAGCCAACCAUGUGAUUAGAAGGUUGGACUUUUCAGUCCCACCACCGUCUCAGGGAAGGGAGAGUGGGUGGAGGUUGAAUCAAUCCCUAGUGGCCAAUAAUUUUAUCAACCAUGCCUUGUAAUGAAGCCUCUAUAAAAACCCCACAGGACGGGAUUCAGACAGCUUCCUGGUUGGUGAACACUUGGAGCCCAAGGGAGAGUGGAGCCCCUGGAAAGGGUGUGGUGGAAGCUCUGAGUCCUUCCUCACGCUCUGCCCUGUUCAUCUCUUCUAUCUGGUGUUAUAAAUUCUAUCCUUUUAUAAGUAAAAUGUUUCUCCUGAGUUGUGUGAGCCACUCUUGCAAAUUAAUUGAACCCAAGCAGGGGGUCUUGGGAACCUCUGAUGUAUAGCCCAGUCAGAAGCUCAGGUAACGACCUGGAUUUGGGAUUGGCAUCCUGAGUUGGAGGGGGUUAUUGGAACCUCCAAUUUGUAUCCGGUUGGUAAAAGCACAGCCAACAGCCUGGGCUUGCAGCUGGCAUCUGAAGGGGGCAGUCCCAUAGGACCAAGCCCUGAACCCACGGAAUCUGCUGUCUCCAGAUAGUGUUGGAAUUGAGUUGAAUUGUCAGACACCCUGCUGGUGAUGGAACAUUGCCUGGUGGAAGUGGUGUGCAAACAGCCACCCCCUCACGACAAGUGAAACUGGGCGCCCAGAACACAAAAUACCUGCCAAGGUGCAUCAGGUUAGUGGGCUGGGGUUUCAGACUGUAACAGGGAAGCUCCUGCAUCAAAGGCUCUGUGUUUGUAUUCAAGGCUGUAAUAGUUUAUUAUAUAGAAUUUGGCAACUGUUGACUGAAAUCCACACAUGCUCAGCAUUUAGAAUGCGUUUAUUCAGAGUCUUACUGAGGCCAUGACCUGGAUGACAGUUGAUCCGAGAGCUCUGGUCAGACUGCUCUGUCCCUCUCUGUAUGAAGAUGGUUUAUAUGAAGUUUACAGCAGGGAAAGUUUACAUUAAUUAGUACAUUGAGCAGUGUGUCAAGGAUACAUUUGGUUUAGCAUCCUAGAAAGUACAGACUGGGCACAUUCCGGUGCCAUCUGUGUGCGGAGAGCUGGCAAGGGUUAGGAUGGAUCAUUUUUCUCUAAAGAACUUUUUUGAGGACAUGAAAACCUGAUUCCCACUCAGAUUUGUUUUCUUUGACCUUCAAGACCUUCUCCUUCUUGGUCAUGGGCAAUGGGCUGCGGCAGACAAGAGUGGCCACUGGCACCUUCACAGCACGGUGGGAGCUGUCCUGGUUGACUAGGGCCUCUGCAACUCACAAAGCUCUCCUUUUGUGGGGGACCAUAAAAUUUCAUUUUUAUUUCAUAAAAUCAAGAUAAUAUACCUCUAUUGUGUCUACAGAUUUGUCUGCCUUUUAUUUUAUUUUAUUUUUUGCUAUACAUUGUUUACUUAAUAAAGACAGUUUUUUAAAGAUGAUAA